AUGUGCAUCCCGCUGUGGUGCCCCGAUUCUGACGGCGCACACCACCACCGCAUUGUGCGUAUUCCAACCGAAGACACUGUGGUGCUCAACUCGGCUGAGCGUGCGCCGUACCUUCUGACGCUCGAGAUCCUGGAGCCCGAUGCUUCAACUGACUGCUCCCGUAGCACCAAACAGUCGCAGUCAGCAGAUGCAAAAUCCGGUUCGGAGCUGGCGGGCGCAGCGCACAAGGAAUCGCCCGGACCACCGUCAGCUGCUGUGCUUGAUUUGGAUGAUGAACUCGAGGUCGACAUCACAAGCCUGUCAAUUGGAAGGAAGUUUAGUGAGGAUCCACAAGUACCGCCCAUUGCUGUUGAAGCAGCUAAGGACGUGGUUAAAGCUAACAAGGAGGAUGAGAUUCCUCGUUCAAUUGCUCAGCCUGAUGUUGAUGAAGACUUGAUGGCGCAAGUAUUUGGCGAUCUCAACGACUUCUCAAGCAAUUCAGGCUCAACCUCACCGUUCAGCCGCCAGUACAGCCGCAGCAGAUCAUCUGGCAAAGGGCAAAGGGCAAGAGGCAAGAGUACAGACAGGGAUGUCAGCAAUAGUCCUCGUCACCGGCAAGUAUCAGCCACUGGGCCUGGCAAUGCCCGCCAUACGCCAUCGCAGCAGAAGCAACAGCAACAGCGGCGGACCAUCGUCGUUAGCAAUUCCCAAACACCCACCGCCCGCUCCUCACCUACAGCAGUCUGGAUCCCUGUCUGCACAGCCGUCUCUUCCAGGAAGAGAUCCGCGCCCGCAUGCGCAUGGCAUCCGUGCUUCUUGCACAGCUCGCACGGCAGCAGAAGGCGCUCGGAGUCAAAGGUUACUAACCUCGUUGUCCCACAGUCGGCUGGCGGGGCUGGAUCGGCUGACCCGGCGAAGGGCAGCGACAGCACGGACACUAUGAGGCGCCGCAGCAAGCUGAGCAACCCGACUAGCCAGGCGCUGGCUAUGGAGGAGAUUCGCGAGAAGCUGAUCCACGAGAUGAUGCAGCUUGAGGAGCUUCGUCUCGCAACAGCACCCGAGAUCGCCAGCGACCCCAACUUCGCUGACCACACUGUAUCUGCUGCCGGCGACAGCGAUAUCGAUAUCCACGCUGUCGAGUACAAGGACGAUCCAAGCGCUAAAGUGCUGAAGGAGGACUGGGAGUCGAAGAAGGCGCGCAUCCGCCGUGCUUCGCCCUUUGGCCGGCACCGCAACUGGAACCUGCUCUCGGUCAUUGUCAAGGAUGGCGCUGACCUGCGCCAAGAGCAGCUGGCACUGCAGCUAAUCCGCGAGAUGCAGCGGAUCUGGCAACGCGAGAAGACCAAUGUCUUUGUGCAGUACUACCGGAUCAUGGUCACCGGCGAGGGCUGCGGUCUGAUGGAGACCAUCACCAACACGGUGUCAGUGCACUCGAUCAAGAAGGAGUUCUACUCGCGCAACCCCGACUACGCCGGCCUGCCCUACACGCUCUACAACUACUUUGUCACAUCCUUUGGCACGCCCGACACGGACCGGUUCAAGACAGCACAGGACAACUUUAUGCGCAGCCUGGUUGCGUACUCGCUGAUCACGUACAUUCUGCAGAUUCGCGACCGCCACAACGGCAAUAUUUUGCUCGACACCGCCGGCCAUAUCAUCCACAUCGACUUUGGCUUCAUGCUGUCGAAUUCGCCGGGUUCCGUCGGCUUCGAGAUGGCGCCGUUCAAGUUCCCCAUGGAGUACGUCGACAUUCUGGGCGGCCGCGAGAGCGCAAAGUUCCAGGAGUUCCGCGGGCUGCUGGUUAAGGCAUUCCUGGCGCUGCGCAAGUACGCUGACAACAUCUGCCUGCUGGUUGAGAUGAUGGUCAAGGACUCGCCGCUGCCCUGUCUGAGCGGCGGCCAGGCCACUGUGGCCAGCCUGCGCGACCGCCUGCACCUGACACUAUCGGACCAGCAGACCGAGGAGCUGGUCAACGGGCUGCUGAUGAGCAGCUGCGACAAUGUGACGAUGCGCAUGUACGACUCGUUCCAGUACUACUCCAACGGCAUUUUGUAG